ACAUAACCUCAAAAUAUUUUAAUCUAACGUGUUUUCUGUUUUAAUAUUUUUAAAUAAUAAUAUUGUGCGAAUUCAUAUGAAAACAUCAAAUAAACCAUGGAGAGAAGUUUUGGGGCGUCGUUUUUAAGUUCUAGAAGUCCAUUUUCACCGAAAACACGGCCGAUUGAUUCAAGAAGAUCUGGGUUUAGGAAAUCAUCGCGUCUCAGUGUUUCCGGAAAAUCUCAGUCUAUUAAUCAAAUUUUAUUAAGGUCUCAAAAUUAUUUUGUUGAAAGUUAUGGGCAAUCUUUACCGGUUUUAAUAACAGAAGCUUUAACAUUUUCCGAAAGAACUACACCAGUUUCCGCAAAUUUAUCCGACAAUGGUUAUGUUUGGUUAGUUUGUGGUCGACGAGUUUUAAUUUGGCAAUAUCGCCAAGCUGUACACCAUGGAACACCUCAACGUAAAACUGCAACAAAUCAGUGUAUUGAAUUAAAGCUACCCCAAAGCGAUUUGGCUCAUAAAGCCGAAUUAGUUUCGGUUUUUAUCGCACCAAAUUCAAAUGUAGCAUCGUGUAUCGCUUCAUCUCCAGAAGGUGUUGUGAGAUAUUGGCCUUCGAUAGCACACGAAGGGGUUUCUAUUGAAGAAUGUGUUGACCUCCAAGGGCAAGAGUGCGACAGCUUAAUUGAAACGAAUGGUUUUGGUUGCGUUUUAGUUACAACAACUUGCACUACAGUUAUACUUCAACCACAAAAUAACUCAGGAAGGCACCAAUUAAUUUGUAAAAUUUUAAAAAUGCCCAGUGGGUGGUUAGGUGGUAUUGGAAAGAGGAUGUCUUCAUUGAUUUUUGGCCCAAUAUCUUCCGAACAAACAGCGGAAGCAAGAACUGUGAGAGUUUUAAAAGUUGAAAUCAACGAAAGAUCGCGUUUUGUAUUUGUUUUAACCGGACACACCCUUCAUAAGUGGAAAUUGAAUUUGGAUGAACCUGAACAAUACUUAUUCGCUUUAGAUUUGAAUAUUUUAAUUACAGGGGAAUGUUUCGGAAAUUUACUCGAUAAUUACAAUAAAAAUCAAUCAAAUGCUGAAAUAUCAAUCAUUGAUAUUCAGGCAAAUAAGAAGUAUGUUGUACUUUUAGUAGCAGGAGCUCAAACAAAUAUUUCACCACAAGUGCAUUAUGCUUUAAUUUACAUUGAUUUAUACGCCCAAACUCCCCCAGGAGAUGUCUCAAAAGUUUCCAUUUUAAAGAUGACGGGAACUUAUCGUGAAUCUAAUCCAACUGAUCAUUUAUUGUAUCGAUUAAUUUUAAUCGAUUCGAGUAUAUAUAUUUAUAAUAAAAGACACGUUCUUGUUGUUAACUCCAUGGAUGAAUUGGAUGUUUUAGAAUUUUCAUCACCACAUGAUUAUUUGUUAUGUGGUAAUAUUUGUGUAAACGUCCCCAUAUUUUUUACGAGAAAUCAUGGUCUCGUUUCAAUCUGCAGUAAUGAUAGAGACACAACAAAUUUAAAUAUAACUACACAAUCUUAUUCGGCAUUAAACGAAACUGCUCAAAACGAUUCUAAUACAGCUGGGAAUUUAACUUUGUUCAAUAUUGAUCCAACUGAAAUGUUACAAACAUUUAAGGAUAUUACAGGACAAUUAAAAACCGCUUUUAUUUAUCAUGUCCAAAAUCAACAGAUGGCCGCAAAAGAAAUUCUCGAUGAAAUUUUUAAUUAUGAUAGAAUGUCAUCAAAUAAUUAUACAAUGGAUCAACAAAUUGUUGAGGUUUGUAUAGCAAUGUUAAAUGAUUGUCCAACAGGCGAUCCGCGCUGGCAUAAUGAAAAUGUUGCAUCUGGGUUGGGAAGUUCUUAUUCAAUGCAAAUUAUUAUACAAUUAGAAGAUAAACAAAAAGCGUUAACAUUGUAUUAUAAGUUUCUAAGAGAAAUGGAUAUUUGGAAUCGAUUAUCUUAUGUUGUUGAAAGAGAAUCAAAUAUCUGUACUACUUAUGUUUUGGGAGAAUAUUUAGAAAAAGUAAUAACAGCUUUUAUCUUAAAAAGUUAUCCAACAAACGAGAUUUUAGAAAAAGCCGUUGAAAGAGCCGUUAGAAACAUCGAAAUCGAUGCGGAAAACGGACUCACCGCUCAAGAUAUUUUUUAUAAAGAUGUCACUAAGGUUUAUAAAGGGUUACAAGAAAUUGUUUUUUAUUGCGAAGAUAUUGUAAAUUCGGUUAUGAAUCCAACUGAAAUUGGAAAUAUUAUUGUUAAAUCGAAUGAAAUUAUUUUGACCGUUUUAGAUCAAGUUUUAUUUCAACGACAAUCAAACGCUUUACAAUUUACUCCCAACGAUGAAAUUUUAAGAGAAAAUCCUGAAUAUAUACCUUGGACUGUAGCCAGUGGACCUGAAGGUUUAUAUGAUGCUUUAAUAACUCAGCAAUCGUUAACUUAUAAUUAUGGUAUAAAAAAUACGUCAGCAAGUUCUUUACAUAAUACAAUGUACGAUCAACUCGUUUAUUUAAUUGAUAUAAUACUAGAUGGUCGUAAAAAUCAUUUACAAAGUGUAAAGGGUACAGAGAAAGAACAAAUAUUAUUAAAACACUAUGAAAAAGAUCGUCAUGCUCUUAUAUAUCCAUUUGUUGUUGAAAGGCAAUGGGAUAGAGCUGCUUUAUUAGCAGAAAAAUACUUAGAUUUUGAAACAAUGGUAACAAUUUGUGAGCGAACUAAAAAUGAGCGAAGAUUAGAUGAUUACAUUGAUAGAUUUACUGAUGAAGGAUUCCCUCAAUUUCUUUUAACUUGGUACGUCCAAGAAAAUAAACAAGCUGAAUUGAUAAAUAAAUGUAAAUCAUUAAGAGAUGGUAAACAUUCUAAAGUACUUUCAAAUUUUCUUACUGAUCAUCCAUCUUUAUCAUGGAUACAAUUAAUAAACAAUGAGGAUUUUUCAAAAGCAGGAGAUGUUUUGCAACAUUUAGCAAUGCAAGAAAAUGAAUCAUUGUUGAGACAAAAAACAAUGUUAUCGCUGAGUAAAUUAUCAAAAUUAGCUUCUACAAAUGAUUUUGAAGAUUCUGUUAUGAAUAUAAAUAGUGCUCUUGAACUAAUUGAAUUACAAGAAGGUAUUCCAGAUUAUGUUUUGCAACAAUUUGGUUACGACACGUUAAAACCAUGCGUUAUUUCGCCGAUUAAAUUAAUUCAUUUGUAUACUUGUCCUGAAUAUAAUGAUGCGACUGAAUUAGAAUUUAAAAAAGCUCUGGAUAUAUUACCAUAUGUUGAUCAAGAAGUAUUCGAAGAAUGCAAAUUGGAAAUUUGGAAGCGAGCUAUUUUAAGAGAUUCAUGGAAUGAAAAGAGUUUGGAAUCACCAUUAGAAAUUUUACAAAAUAAAUUAUUUUUUAAAUUAGGUGAUUUUACAACAAUGUUAGGUUCCGAUUUAAAUUCGGUUCUUCCUCCAAUCGAUGUUCUUUGUGAAGACGAUGGUUUGCAGUUGUUACAAAAACAGAAAAGCUUUCAGUUUUUAUUAAAAAUGGCUUAUGAACAAUUUUCUCAAAUGUAAAAAAAUUUUGAUUUAAUUUUGUUUUUU